AACGGCGGGACCUGCGGGUGCAACGUCCCGGACAGUGACGUACGUGGCAGGACCGGGCAGGGAUAUCCUGGCACCUGUACAGCAGCUGCCCCAGUGCACCUUUCAAGCCCUGACAGACAGGGAGGAAACCCUGCCUUGCAUCCUGAAGAUACAUGUAUGCGUCUGAGGAUGAAGCUGCCAAGCCUGGACAAGAACGCUGUGGCUUAUGCUUCAGUGGCAUUUGCCAAUGCCAUGAUGAACCCUCUUUUCAACUUCUACUAUGUGAAACUGUUCCUGAACAGCUACAAGAUCUCUGAAGUUUGGUUCAACCAGGCCCAGGUGAUAUACAUGAUAUGGAAUGCCAUCAAUGACCCCCUUUUUGGCUACUUCCAGGAUAACUCCAGCUUGGCAUGUUUUCGACAGCGACGAACGUCUAUCCUGUACGGAGCACCUCUCUUUGCACUCAGCUUCCUCAUCCCUUGGUUUCCAUGGGGACAGUACGAGCCUGAUGAUUGGCUGAUUGGCCUGCACCUGAUCGUGGCACUGAACAUGUAUGACACCCUCUUCACCUUCGUGCUGCUCCAACACUGCGCCCUGUUCACGGAGGUCUCCAGGAGGCAUGAGGACAGGGUGCAGCUGAUGAGGUACUGUCAGGUGGCAGGGCUGCUGGGGACUGGGCCAACCAUCGGCAUCGCUUCAGCCGUCUCCAACUACAUGGAGAACCUGCACAACUUCCGCAUCUUCACACUCCUGGUGGCGGCCCUGGCCUGGGCCAGCAUGCACUACGCUGCACUACACAUCCGCACAGAGCUCGACCACACACGAGACCAAGCCUUUCUGGAGGCUGAGAGUCAACCUAAGGAUGAUGGCAAUUCUAGUUCUUUCUGGAAAUUGACGUGGCAAAUAGUUACACAAAAGAACUUUGUUCUGUUUAUCACUACUCUGCUUCUGAGUCCAGUUGUUGAGCAGGUGGGGUCAUAUCGGGUCAUCCUGGCCUCCUUCUACCUGGAGUUGGUGUGUGCAGUGGGUAUGUUCCUGGCAGGGCCACAACCAUGGCUGGUCGUUCUGUAUCUGCUGAUGGACAUGAGCAUCCCAGGAGCAAUUUUCAACCUGUUCAACAUCUCUGUUUCUGACAUCAUUGAUGCUGACUGUAAAAAAUAUGCCAGAAAGACUCCAUUGUCAUCCAUGUUCUUCGGAAUGAACGCGUUGUUCACCAAGCCGGCACAGUCACUGGCACCAAUGCUGGUGGUAAGCAUCCUGAAUAGGUAUGGGUAUGAGGACCUGGUGCGGAGCACCACUGGACUGGGCACAAGCACUGCUGGGCAUGACGAGCUCAGGCAGGUCAUGUUCCAUAUCUUCUGCCUUCUCCCUGCAACCAUCGCCUUCCUACAGAUCCUUGUCUGGAAACCCUACAGCCUGAAGGACAGCCAUGCCUCAACAGCCAAGCACAUCGACACUUAAGGAGUCCAAGGAACUACAAGAAAUAGUUUCCUAUUACCUUUCAGUCCAUACUUGAUGAAUGAUAUAAGAUUUUACUUUUUCCAUAUGAAAGACAUUUGUUUAAAUUCUGACAAUCCUUAUGUUUAUAGAUGUAACAUCUGCAUGUGAAAAUGUGUAAUAUUUUUCUGUGUGAGCAAGUUUGAAUAUUAGAAGCUGCUUGCAGGUGAAAUAAAACAAGAAUUUCAAGAUUGCACGAGCGCCUUCACAUGCUACUUUUUGAUUCAUAUCACAGAUGUUAUUAAUGUUAAUGCACACAACAGUGACUUCAUGAUAUGGUCACAAGGGAAAGUUGUGGUGCAAUAAGUUUCAUUAUUUAUUAUUAAAGCUCAUAUCUUUUAUUUCUCAUUUUAGUUUUCAAUUCAGUUUCACUGAGCUUUUACUUGUAUAAAUGUAAUUACAUGUACUACACGUGCCUUUAUCAGCUUCCUCAAUGUCACAUAUCAAUUUUGUACUUAUCUAUAUCUACCGUUAUUGCAUUUAAUUACUAUAAUUACAACUAUGAUCUGUUAUAUCUAAGACAAGCCUGAUUGAUUUAGGAAUGCAGAUACUGCUUAGCUGAGUGAUGACAUGACAGACUUGUACUAAAAAAUUAUUAUUUCCUGUCAUUUGAUGGUACGUUCCAUUCUGACAGGAGGGGAGCAGACAUACAUGUUUAUCACCAUUCAUCUGAAGUCACAGCUGGAAAUCUUCAAUAUUGGUGUCUAAGUAAAGAU